ACACGUCGAGCGUGUUUCAUUUCAAAAUGGAUUUUUCCGAUUCUGAAGAAGAAAAACUUAUAAACCAGGUUGCCCACCAUCCUGCACUGUACGAUGCAUCUCACAAAAACUAUCUAAACGCGAUUAUAAAAGAUAAUAUUUGGAAAAAUAUUGGAAAGGUGUUAAAUAAAAGCGACGAGGACUGUAAAAAGAAGUGGAAAUCAAUUCGUGACAGUUAUCACAGAUUUAAAAAAAAAAACAAAUUGGGCACUGGCUCGGCUGCCCUAAAAAAAACGAAGCAAAACAGACAUCUACAAUUGUUAUUUUUAGACAAUGUUCCACACCACAGAACCGGAGGUACCAAUAUAACUCCACCGCAACAGGAACUUGAUGUUAAUAAUGAAAAUGUUAGUGUUGCUGAACAGGAACAAGGUUCGGAUACGACUUUUCCAUCCAAUAAUAAUGCAGAGCAAAGUACUACUGACCAAGAAGUUGAAGUUGGCACCGAAGCAACUGAAGUGGUGCCUAAUGUUGUAAAGGCAACAACACCUAAAAAAAAAAAGAAGAAGAAAGAAGACAUAUUUUUGACAUUAUGGAAACAAAGAGACGAGCAGAGACAGGAACUAUAUAAAAAUAUGGUCAGAAAGAUAGAUGAUGAUAUUGAUCUAUUUUGUAAACAUAUUGGUGAAGUUUUACGUAAUUUACCACCAUAUGAAAAAGCAAAGGCAAAGAAACAUUUGGGUGAAGUUCUUUCGGACUACGAGAUUAUGGCAGCGAGUCACUCAUCUGGAAGGAACACAUUUUCAUCUCCCUCAAAUUCAACGCCAAGCUAUCGUGCAUCAUCCUCAGAAUUGUGCACACCAUCCCCACCACAUAGUCAACAUUUUGUACGAUCUUACACUCCUCUUGGUGCGAUGACAGGUUCACCAGAACUCGCCGGACAAGGCAACGCACCUCGUGAUUUCUACUUAGGUGCAUAUUCUCCUAUUAAUUCCGCGGCACCAUCACCAGGACCUUCCGGAAUAACUAGCGGACUAGGCUAUGCACCAGGGCCAGUACACACAUCAUAUCCAAUGAGUCCUGAGGUAGGGUCACCAGAACCCACUGAUUUAUCCUUUCAGAUCAACCAAAUCGACCGAGAGGAAGAUCAUAAUUUUGUCGACUCAGUCAUAACAAUGUUUAAGUAAUAAACAAAUAGACUCCCAAUUUCGCUACAAACGUGUCACAUUUUCUUUCUUUCUUUCUUUCAUUUUCAAAUAUAUAUAUUAUUAUAUAUAUAUUAUAUAUAUAUAUAAGUGAAAUUUUAUUAGCGAUUGUGAGUCUA